ACAAGCUUGAGUUUUAUAAUGACGUUUGACAGCAUGGCUGCCACGGCUUUGGAUUCUGAAAUCAUGAAAAGCGAUAAAUAUUCGAUAUUAUUGCCGACAUACAAUGAAAGAGAAAACUUGCCCAUAAUAAUAUGGCUUAUUAUGAAACACUUGGAGAAAAGCGACUACGAUUUUGAAGUGAUAAUAAUUGAUGAUGGAAGUCCCGACGGUACCCUGGAUGUGGCGAAACAGCUACAAAAGCUGUAUGGUUCCAGUAAAAUUGUUUUGCGCCCGCGGGAGAAGAAAUUAGGUUUAGGCACAGCAUACAUGCACGGAAUAAAACACGCCACGGGCAACUUUAUCAUUAUUAUGGACGCUGACCUUAGUCAUCACCCUAAAUUCAUCCCUAAGAUGAUAGAGCUACAACGCAAGCAGGACUUUGAUGUUGUAUCCGGUACUCGUUAUAAGGAUGGUGGCGGAGUCUAUGGCUGGGACUUCAAGCGUAAGCUCAUCUCCCGCGGUGCCAACUUUGUCACACAGAUGCUGCUGAGACCAGGGGCUUCUGACUUGACAGGGUCAUUUAGAUUGUACAAGAAGGACAUCUUGCAGAAACUCAUAGACAGCUGUGUGUCCAAGGGUUAUGUGUUCCAAAUGGAAAUGAUUAUCAGAGCACGUCAACUAGACUACACAAUCGGCGAGGUCCCAAUAACGUUCGUGGACCGCGUGUAUGGAGAGUCCAAGCUCGGAGGCUCCGAGAUCGUGCAGUUUGCUAAGGCCCUGCUAUAUCUGUUCGCCACCACGUGAUUUUACUGUGAGAAUGGGGGGGGGGGGGGGGGGGAAUCUUUUGGAACAAAACUAUAUAAUGUUGUUAAUUCUCAUAAGCAAAUGCCGGAAUUAUUGUGGCGUUUUUGAACUGCCAUGGGGGACUAAUUUUUUAACGUUUUUAUCGACUUCCGAUAUACAUAAAUAUCGAUAUAUUGUAGAACAUAUUAAAAGUCACUAAAACAGUUCAAAAAUGCCACGAGAAUUCCGGCCUCUACUCAUAUGGCCCCAUGUGCAUCACUAAAUCUUAUAAAACGGAUGAACGGAUCUUCAUGCGGUUUCCAUCUAUCAAUAAAGUGAUUCUUGAUGUAUAAUUUGUUAAUGUUUACCCGUGCGAAGCCAGGCGGGUCGCUAGUUACAAUUACGCUCUUUUUUAAUUUCAUUAAAACCGUUCAUAAACUAAAUAACCUAACAUUUCUUCAGUUUCAUUACUUUCUCAACCAAACGAAUUUCAUCCCAAUGUUAUAUAACAAGGUUCAAAUUAAAACUAGGAUUUUUUUUUUUGUAUGUUGGGCUUUACGAGGUUAAUAGGGUUUUAUAACUAACUUACACCGAAUCGUCUCCGUCAAAACGUUCGUAAAUUGGCUACUUGACAGUUUUUUGUAAAUAAUGUCAAACGAUCUUGAUUUUCCUGGGGAUCAAAUGUCUAUAUAGGACUCAUGGCAUUUAAGCAACACAAAUAUCAGAAAUGAGAGUUAAAGUCUGACGCUCGCACUCGACGAUUGAAACGCCUCUAGCAAAAUGAUAAGGUGAUGUGACGUCACAUCAUAUAAGUCUGUCCUAAAUGUAUGGAAGAUCAAGGAAAUUGCCAUUUUGACCCUGAAAUAUUGCGUUUAUGUGUAUAGUUGUCAUACAAUUUAUUUUUCAAUAAAAUGUAUGGAAUGGUAUGGUACCAUUUUUAGGGUUCCGUAGUCAACUAGGAACCCUUAUAGUUUCGCCAUGUCCGUCUGACUGUCUGUCUGUCUGUCCGAGGCUUUGCUCCGUGGUCGUUAGUGCUAGAAAGCUGAAAUUUGGCAUGGAUAUAUAAAUCAAUAAAGCCGACAAAGUCGUACAAUAAAAUCUAAAAAUUUAAUUUUUUUAGGGUACCUCCCCUACACGUAAAGUGGGGGUGAUUUUUUUUUUUCGCUUCAACCCUAGAGUGUGGGGUAUCGUUGGAAAGGUCUUUCAAAACUAAUAGGGGUUUUCAAGAGACAUUUUUUGAUAAAGUGAAUAUAUUCGGAGAUAAUCGCUCCGAAAGAAAAAAAAAUGUGUCCCCCCCCCCCUCUAACUUUUGAACCAUAGGUCCAAAAAAUAUGAAAAAAAUCGUGGAAGUAGAGCUUAAGAAAGACAUUAAAUGAAAACUAUAGCGGACAUGAUCAGUUUAGCUGUUUUUGAGUUAUCGCAAAAUGUUUUCCCUUCAUAGUAAAAAGACUUACUUUAAUUAGGUACUGAUUAUGCAAAUUUGCCUAUUUGUUUAACUCGGGUGAAAGGUACCAUUUACUACACUUUAAGCUCCAGUUUAGCUUAUUGUGACGGAAGAGUAACUACGGAACCCUACACUGAGCGUGGCCCGACAUGCUCUUGGCCGGUUAUUUAAAUCUAUUUUUGAAAGACAAAAAAAAACUUUUAUUUUUCUACUUUGGAGCCUUGUAUUCUUUUAUAAUCUCAAUAAAAAAAAUUGAAUUCCACUUUUUUAUAAUGGAUGGCUUAUUUUCUAUCCAUUUAACAAAAUUUGUUAUAAUAUUCAACAUGUGUCAAGUACCCAAUUUCAGUUUGUGGGAAGUCUUAUAGUUCUCUGCUCAGUAAGUAGGUACGUUGUAUUGUAUAAGUUCGUGCCAUUCACGAUAACGCGCAUAUUUGUCAAAUUCAACCUUUAAUAGCAUGACAUUGAUUGAUUGAUUGAUUUAUUUAUUGGUAAAAUCGUUGUUUUACAAGUCAGGAUUACAUUAAAUAUUUACAUAAUAAGAUUAAAUAACUAAUAAUAUUUACAAAUUAUAACAUUUACAACUAAAUCUUAUAUGUAUAAUUAAUCAAGCAUUAAGAUGACACUAUUUUUACGCGUUAGUUAUGAACUCCACGAAGAAACUCGUCAACGCUGUAGCAUGCCUGUGCGAUCAGCAGCGCUUUAAGUUUCUUGGUAAACACAGGAUCACUUUACGACAAUACGAGUCAAGGCAAGCGUCUUCGUGAAUGACACGAUCUAUAACUACGGUCUGUUAAUUGUGGUUGUUGCGGCUGGCUCUUAGAGGUAAUCGCGUUUUUGUAUGGCGUUAUAUUUAAAUUUUAUUUUCACCACACCAGCUGGUAAAGGCUCUCUUGAUUGUUCAAACAGAUGAGAAAGUUGCAUUUUAUCCACAUGUGUGGCAAAGUAAUCUGAUGCAAAUUUUGAGUCGUUGCCUUAUGUUGGCUGGUAGAAUUCACUUUUAAAUGUUGAUUUUAAAUAAUAAAUAUUGAAUAACGUUCAUUUGGAUUUUGUUUGAUAUUUCACAGUUAGUAUUUUCCUCGCGUUGGGGUGGUGAAAAUUUUUGUUUCACUCGGAGGCAAAAUUUAUUUAACGCUCGUGCCUUGAAAUCCUCGCACCGCUCAAGAUUCCACUUCGCGAACCAGUAGUUGCUACGCUGUGGUUCAAUUUUGGAAUCUUUCGCAUGCUCUGGUAUCAAUAUUAGCACGAGCUGUUAAACGACAAUUUUACCCAAUCGUAAACUAAGACUAUUUGUCGUAGGAGCAAUAAGAAUGUAGAUGAAGUAUAAUUUCAAAAAAUUGACUAUGUAUCUCACGACAUACAGCUUAUACCGCCGAGCGACAGAUCCUAAAAUCAUAGAAAUUGUACAAUACGAUACACGUGCGAAAAGCAGAGAACUCGCAACGAGUGGCGAUUAAUUAAAACACAACCGAAGGGAAUCACAAAUCGACACAAGGUGCGAAUUAGGUACCUAUUCGCACGUGUAUCGAACGUUUUGCAGUACAUAUGGCCCUUUAAAUUGUGUCGCAGGACAUUUUUACCCUAGUGUAUCCCUGGCUUUAAAUGGCCAGUACAGUGCAACUUGGGAAAAAAUUCCUGAAAGUUGGAAAUGUUCUCACAAACGGGAAAGCUUCAAUAUUCAAAAUAUGAGUUUAUGUUAUUUCUUUUUAGAAAUUUCGUAAUUUUGGUAACUUUCCAGGGGCACUGUACCCGCAAUAUAACAUCCAUAUGUGGCCCAAAAACAUUUGAAUCAAGUGUUCUAGAAACAUGAAAAUAACCAAUGUUGUGUACAAUGAAAUAAUUUAUGUGCAUAAUUUGAAGAGUAAUUGGGUCGCUGACGUUAUUCUUACAUUCCAUAAGAUAAGGCCGCGGCCGAUGGGCAAGCGGUGAGCGGAGCGUGUAGCGGGCGAACGAGCGAGUUUUAUUAUUAUUACGAAAUUAUGAUAAUGUACAUAGAUAUAGAUGUAUAUAAAUAAAGAUUUUGUUACAAUA